CGGUCUACGGGGGGGGGGGGGGGGGGGGGACACAUCAUAAGAAUGAUUUGCAAUUAGAUAAGUGGAAUAUACCGUAAGGAUGCUGGACAGAAUGUGGGAAAUAGUUACUGCUUUGGGCUACAGCCAGGCUGCCUUUACGUGUAUUGCAACACAGGGGAAAAAUGAUGACUGAUUAAUGUAAAUAAUAGAAGGAAAUAAAAAAACGCAAAUUUGAGUAUUUGAUGCCUGAAUUUUCGAUGUGCCUUGUUCUGCCGGGUUGCUUUGAUGAUGUUGUGAAAGCUCCGUACGGAACUGGUAUAUUUGUUAUUUCUAUUGACAGUUUUUCAACUGAGAAAGGUGGGCAUAAUUGAUAGAAUGUCUUCGGUUUGCAGCUGCUGUUUUAAGGUUCUGCACAGACCCUGAGAAUCCCUGCGACGAAGGGAGCGGAUGCUCAUCCCUGUGCCCCGAGCGCGUCCUGAAAAUGACCAGACUGAUGUUGGGCAGGACACUGGAAAGGAUCUGCAAGGCCGUCCUCCUGCUCUGUCUCGUGCACUUCCUCAUCAUGAUGAUUCUGUACUUUGACGUCUACAGCCAGCGCUUUGACAUCUUCAGUCGCUUCAGUGGGCGCAACUUCUCACGGACACAUCACUAUUAUAACCUCUCACGUCCCAAUGGUACCUUCCCCACCUACCUGGCUGCAGGGGACCACUUUCUGCCUAGCACGAAGCCCGAAACUAACUACACCCCCCCCGUCAAGCCUGUACCGCCAUGCCCUGAGGUGCCACCUGGGUUAGUUGGCCGCUUGCUUAUCGAGUUCAGCUCUGCCAUGACGCUGGAGAGAGUGCAGAAGGAGAACCCGGACGUGACAAACGGGGGGAAGUACAGUCCUCCGGAUUGUAAAGCCAAGCAGAAGGUGGCCAUUAUCAUCCCUUACCGGCACAGAGACCACCAUCUCAAGUACUGGCUGCACUAUCUCCACCCCAUUCUUCGUCGACAGAAGAUUGACUAUGGGAUCUUUAUCAUCAACCAGUAUGGGGAGGACACAUUCAACAGAGCGAAGCUGCUGAACAUCGGAUAUACAGAAGUCCUGAAGGAUGCAGAGUAUGACUGCUUCAUAUUCAGCGAUGUGGACCUGAUCCCCAUGGACGAUCGCAACCUGUAUCACUGCUAUGACCAGCCGCGGCACUUUGCCAUCGCUAUGGAUAAAUUCGGGUUUAGGUUACCUUACGCUGGCUAUUUUGGAGGUGUUUCGGGUCUCAGCAGAGUCCAGUUUUUAAAAAUCAAUGGUUUUCCAAACGAGUACUGGGGCUGGGGCGGUGAGGACGACGAUAUUUAUAACAGGAUCACGCUGAAUGGAAUGAAGGUCUCCCGUCCUGACGUGCAGAUCGGACGAUACCGGAUGAUAAAACAUGAGCGAGACAAGCACAACGAGCCCAACCCGCAGAGGUUCAAUAAAAUCCAGAACACCAAGGCCUCAAUGAAGCGUGACGGCAUUAACUCAUUGCAGUACCGUGUUCUGGAGGUCACCAAGUACCCGCUCUUCACCAACAUCACCGUGGAGAUCGGCAAGCCACCGCCACGCCCCCCUAGAGGAUAGACCUUCCCCGAUUCAGGGAUGCAAAUCUCAGACACCAACAUACAAACAUGUCCCCCUGCUGUUUCCCUCACCAUGCCUGUCAGGGGUCCAACCAAAACGAAAGCCUUAAGCAGUGGCUUUGAGAAGGCACAAACCCUGUGCUUCACAGACUCCUUCACAGGCCUCCCUGUAAUGCUUCUUCAUCUGGGUAAAUUCCUUUUGCAACCCUUGUCUUCGUAACUAACCUCCACAUACUGUUACACAUGGAGUGCUGUCCUGAAUGCAAACGGGGAGUGGUCUUAACUCAGAUGUUUUACUUUUAAGUGCUUUUUCUUUUCCUUUUUUGUUUACAAUAUACAAUAUCCGACUUCUGUUUAAUUCAAGUUACAAAAACAUCAUGCCGGACAUACUGUACAGAUUUGUUUUAUUACGCAGGGUUUAAUAUCUUGGAAUAUCUUGAAAGCUUUGUUUUUCUUGAUCGUUUGAAUGGUCUCAUACAAUCUCGAGACCAGCCUGUUCAUUUCUUCUCCUUUUUUUUUUUUUUUUUUUUAAUAACAAAACAAACUGAAAUACUCAAUUGAAUGUGUCCCUGUGGUUGUCUCAUUCAGAACUUUAUUGGCAUCAGUAUUGCUUUUAGAUACAAAUGCUGGGCUUUGUCUUGCGGAUUAGUGUUCAGUGAAGGACUGUGUGAAUUGGAUUUUCUGUCCCAUGCAGCCAGGUUUUAUUUAAACAGAUCUGACAAGUUGUAAAAAGAGGAAUUGAAUCCGCAAUGGAGACGGGUCUAGUUCACAAAGAACUGAUCCAAAGACAGACUGGAGCUGACAGGACUGGUGCGCAAGAAUAUCAAACAACUGGAAUACACCUAGUGGCCAGCCAUACGUCAUAACACUGAGACUGAACUAGGGGAGCCUUUAUUCCUACUAGGAAUACUUUAUUCCUAAAUAUGUGGUAUGUGCAGUGCAAGACUAUUGUCUCAUUAGGUGUUUAUGGAGACAUCAGCUGGUAGUUUGAUUGUAAUUAAUCUAACAGUUUUCACUGGAAUUAUAUUACACUGUGAAAACAGAUCUCAGUAGACAAUUUUGUUUCCUUUAUUUUAUUUAUUUUGCGGAAUAACUGCUCUCUUUUUGUAUAACAAUAACCCAGUGAACAAACAUUGGGUUUAACGUCUUUUAAUUCGCCGCCUUUUUUCAUAUAAGGAUUUUUUUUGUUUGUUUGUACUGCCUAAACACCAAACCGAUGCCUUCGGAAUUUUUAUGAGGAGCAAACGACUGGGAAUGCUGCUUUCUGGGAGAUUUUUGUAUUAAUGUUCCUGUGUGUAGUGAAGUGAUGUGGCUCUCUUUUGUACUAUUAUCUUGGCUUGGCUCAAAAGGUUUCAAGUAUUCAAAAAGCGUUCCCUUUUUGUUUAUUUUUAAAACGCCUCUUAACAAGCAAUUUCUUCUUUUUUUCUCUCCCAACUCUCUCUCCAUCUUUGUGCAUUCCACAUUAUAAAUGCCAUUCAACUCCCCAGUUCAACAGGAUAAUGGUAUCUUUUUCUGGUUGAAGUUACACUGUUUAGAAAUGCAUAUUAUAAUAUUAGAUUUUAAAUCUUAUACUUUUACACUUUUUUUUUUUUUAAAUGGAAAACCAAAAUACCCUUUCUUGGUUUUUCUUAUGACUGGUGAGCUUAGUUCUUCACUUUUAGAUGGUUUUUAUUCUUCAGGUUUUAGGAACGUAUGUUGCAAAUCCUCUGAUUACAACUGCCAGGAUAUAUCCACCUGUACUGUAAGUUUUGAUACCACCUAACUCCUGGAUGUAAUAGAAUAUUUCAUGAAAACAUACCUAAACCACCUACUGGAUACUAAGCUCAUUAUUUGUCAGGGGUUCAAUUGUAUUGCAUCAAUAAAACACCAACAUUAUAGAACAUCCUGUACAUACAUUGUGAGAUAGUUAUUACUUCCAAAUGUGAAUGGGUGAUUGGUCUGAAUGAUGUACCUAUCAGCUUCCUGCUCGCAGCUCUUCAUCAGCAGUCUGCAAUUGUCUGAUAAUAAUUAUUCAUACCUUAAAUCUUACCCAAUAAGCAGUAAUGCAUUGUUAGCCUAUUGCUACAUUAACCCAAGUGUGGAAAUGUACUGCCACUUUAAGCUAUGAAGGCAAACACAGAAGAAAACAAUACUUAUGCAGGAGAAAGUACACAUAUCUUUAGGAACUAAACAGCAGCUCUAAAAUACUAUACUGGUCAACAGCAUUAAAAUACUAUAUUCCAGACAGUCGUCUUAAAAGAAUACUUGUUUGAAAAUAUGUGUUAUUACACAUUGUAGCUGUGAAAGAAUGUGAGGCUGGAUCUAAAUGUGUGAAGUGGGUUAAUGGUUUGUAACUGUGCCACAAAAUGCAAAAUACAGCACUAGAGCCAGUUUCCCAAAUAUUCUAAGAAUGACCUGACUUGAGAGCGUUCAGUGUUUAUUGCAACUGAUAUACAACGUAAAUGCAAAGACAUUAACAGAAAAGCUGCCAAUAUUUAUAAGGCUUAUGCACAGAUAAUGAACUUGGUAUAAAUGUGUCACUUGAAACUGUGUUUGGAGUUACAGGGGUUUGAAUGUUGGUCUGCAGAGACUAGGUAAAUUCAUGUGCCAAAGAUUAGUUUGUAAACAUUUUUUAAAACAGUCCAAACUUUUAUAGAGUGUGCCCACUUCUGUGUUUCAGUAUUUAACCCUAUAUUGAAAUCUAAAUUGAAACCAGAGCAUGACUUUAACCAGAAUCUAGUCCAUUGUGUUUGUUCUCCAAUUCUACAG